AUGGAGCUGUGGCACAAGCGACAGCAACCCUGCACCAUGAUUAGGUCUGAUGGGGACACAGGAAAGAGUUCGGUGUGUCCUCUAAGGAUCGUGCUGCUGGGGAAAACUGGUUCUGGAAAGAGUGCCACAGCAAACACCAUCCUGGGGAGGAAAGUGUUUAAAUCGGAGCCCUCAUGGAUUUCUCUGACUAAAACCUGCGGUAAUCAACAUACUGUAGUAGAUGGUAGACACAUUUCAGUGAUUGAUACACCAGGAUUGUGUGAUACAGAAAUGCCUAUGGACGAGCUGAAGGGUGAGAUAGAGAAGUGUGUUGAGAUGUCUCUCCCUGGGCCUCAUGCCUUCCUGCUGGUGAUGAGAUUAGAUAUGAGGCACACAAAGGAGGAGAGGGAUGCUGUGAGGUGGAUCCAGAAUAACUUUGGUGAGGGGGCACUGAAGUACACUAUACUGCUCUUCACUCGUGGGGAUGAGUUGCUGAAGAGGGUAUCAGUGGAGGCUUAUCUGCAGUAUGCAGGUCCUGAUCUCACAUCUCUUAUUAAACAUUGUGGGGGUGGAUAUCACGUCUUCAACAAUAAGAGUAAAGACAGCACUCAGGUCAGAGAGCUAAAGAAGAAAAUUGAGGCCAUGGUGAAGGAGAAUGGGGGAGAAAACUACACCAGUGAGAUGUACAAUGAGGCACAGAGAAAAAUAAGAGAGAGACAAUUUAGGAAAAAUGUUGAUUGGGUGGCUUUAGUCAUUGUUCCCUCAGUUCCCAGCAGUGCUACGAGCCACGAGGGUUGUGACUGUGUUCUCGAGAAUUAA